AUGAAGCUGAACGAUUUGACCCUCCACUGCCAGCAGAAGAUCGCCAUUGGAGGUCAGAGCACUACUAUGGCUGUACUUAUCAAGGCGACACCGCUGACGAUUGAUGCUUUUGCACCAUACGGAUCUAUAAUAUCACCAGAUGAGCAGGUCUCGAACGCUGACGACUCUUCAAGGACGGCCAACCAAGGUACUGCAAUCAAGCUGCUAGGUGUGAGCCAAAUUGAGAAAAAAUAUCCAUUCGAGGGAACGCCGAAUUGGAACCUGUUCAGAUGCUUCUCCCAACCACAUCUCAGAGGACCGGUUAGCAUUAGCGAGGGUAGAGCCAUUGAGCACUCGAUCAGAGUGCUCGAGAAGCAUCCCUCCAGUUCGCAAACCUUCAUCCCAAUGGGCUGUCCAGAACACCAGCCACGUUACCUCGUGGUGGUUGCUCUCGAAGACUGCGAAACUGGUAGGCCAGAUCUGUCAACCUUGAAGGCGUUUCUCUGUAGAGGUAACCAAGCGGUCACCUAUGGUGCCGGGAUUUGGCAUGCGCCCAUGAUUGCACUCGGAAACCAAGAGUAUAUCGACUUUGGCGUAGUGAUCUACGAGUUCCACGAUCCAAAGGCUCCAGAAAAGGACUGCCAAGAGCAUCACUAUGGUGAUGGUAGCAUCAAAGUGCAGCUUUUUCAAUCUUAG